AUGCCUCGGUCUGCAGGUGGGCGGUAUCAGCCGCUGGUAAUCGGCUCUGCAGCAGCAGCAGCAGCAGCAGCAGAUCCUUUGAGUUGUGGGGGCCCCUUAACUGGAUCGAGGCGGCUGCAGAAGGCAUUUAGUUUGGAGUGUACAGGCAGCUUCGGUGGGCCUGUUAGAUUCUGCUGCUUCCUUCCGCAGAAGCAGCGCAGCAGCAGCAGCAGCAGCAGCAGCAACAACAAUGAAGCAGAAGCAGCAGCAGAGUUGGAGGAGGAACAGGAGGGAGAAGGGGAGAGCCUUGAGGCUUUGCUGCAGCGCAGCAGCCAACGCCAGCAGCAGCAGCAGCAGCAGCAACAGCAGCAGCAGCUAAGCAGCAGCUUCUUGCUAGCUGAGGGCACUAGGGUGUAUAAGAUAAACUGCAACGACAGCAGCAACACCCUCAAAUUUCACUCUUCUAAAUCUCCAGUCACCGCUUUGGCCGCAAGACAGGACGGGUUGCUAGCGGCUGUUGGAGACGAGGCGGGUUUGAGCUGCGUGGUGUCUGUACACUCCAACCAAACCCUCCGGAGGUUUGUAAACCCUCGGCCCUCUUCAAUUAGAGCUCUUACUUUUUCAAAACCCCGCGGCUCUCUGUUCUCUGCUGGAGACGACACCGUGGUGCGGGAAUGGAGUUUAGAAACAGGAGAGGCGUCGUUAGAAUUGAAGGGGCAUGCAGACAGCGUGAGGUGUAUAGGCAGUUCCACUUCCUUUGAAAACCUACUUCUCUCAGGUUCUUACGAUACGACUGCAAAGCUAUGGGAUGCGCGUUCAAAGAAGUGCUGCCUUUCUUUAAGCCAAGGCGACCCCACAGAAUGCGUGCGGCUAAUUGAAGCCUCAGGGACACUGCAGGUCUUGACGGCUGCAGGCAACCAAGUUCGUCUGUGGGACCUCCGGCAGUCUUCAGCUCCCCUUUGGAGCCUCAGCAGCUUUGCAAAGACUGUCUUCGCGGUGCAGCCGUUUCCUGCUGCAGCUGCUGCUGUUGCUGCUGCUGCAGCAGCAGCUCCAGGAGCAGCAGCAGCAGCAGCAGCAGCGCCAGCAGCACCGGAAGGACCCAAACUGCUGCUAGCUGCGGCUUCAUUAGACAACGUCGUUCGUAUCUUCUCAUUUGAGACACUGCAGCUGCUGCAGUCUUUCGGCGUGCGCAGCGACAUUUUGUGUCUCGAUGCUGUUAGCGGCAGCAGCAGCAGCAGCAGCAACAGCAGCAGCAGCAGCAGCAGCAAGAAGAGUAGAAGCAUGAAGAGCAGAGUUCUUAUUGGUCUGUCUGAUGGGGCCUGGCAGCUGCGUCAAAUUGCCGGUGCUGCUGCUUCCAGCACGGAGUUGCUGCUGCUGCAGCAGCAGCAGCAGCAACAGCAGCAGCAGCAGCAACGCAAACGCCUGCUGCAUCUGAAACCCACAGACGGCGGGUAUUUCAAAAGAGGAAGAACAGCCCCACCCGAAGAGGGAGACCAGAUCGUUUCGACUUUGCAUAGCCGGCGUUUGUCUCGGCUUGAUGCACUCCUGAAGAGUUUUCAAUAUACUGCGGCGAUGGACGUGGCGCUCACCACUUCGGCGGAGCAUGUGCUGGCUGUAGCUGACGAGCUGCUGCAGCGCGGGGGUUUGGAGGCAGCAGUGUCUCGGCUGUCUUGUUCGUCUUUGUGUUUUCUUUUAAAAGUAAUUGCAGAGAGUAUUGCAUUUAAAGGCGAAGAAAGAAGUUGGCUGUCUCUGCAGCUCCUCUAUGCUGUAUUUAAUAAACACCAAGUUGAUAUCUGUACAUACACCCCAAAUGCAGACGCCUACAAACCCCUCAUCACUAAAAUAUGCCAGCGUGUGGCCUUUGAGUUGGAGCAAAUUCGACGGCUCGGGCGGACAGAGGCAAUUGUUGAUGCGCUGCUUGCCCUUUAG